CAUAAGGGUUGCGUCACUGCUCCUGAGUCUGCUGUGUGCUCAUCUAGAAAUGAAUUUAUAAUUGUAAGAAACAUUGUUUUUUUUUUAUUCAGCAGGCUCCACUGAGAUAUCUGAACAAACAGAUGAAGAUACUGUGCUGCGAGUGAUGAAACUGAAUGAAAUCUGCAUUACAUGCCACUGAAGAUGGAGAUUGUUAAAGAGGAGUUUAAAGAGGAGAGUGAAGACGUCAGUAUUUCAGAACCAUUCAGACUGAAGAAUGAAGAUACUGAACAAAAAGACCUGAUGAAGCUGAAAGAGGAAAGUGAAGCACUGAAUGAAGAGGAGAAACAUCAGUACCAGGAGGCUGAUAAAUUCAUAACUGGAAAAAAAUCUUAUUGUUGCUCACAGACUGAAAUGAAACACUCAGGAAAAGAAACUCAAAUAAUACAAAUAGAACAUUCUUUCACCUGCCCUCAAUGUGGAAAUAGUUUCAGACAUAAAAUAGCUUUUAGAAAGCACAUGAGAAUUCACUCUGGAAAGAAACCUUUCAAAUGUCAGCAGUGUGGAAAGAGUUUCUUAGUUAAAGGAACCCUUGAAAGGCACAUGAGAAUUCACAAUGGGGAGAAGCCUUACUCAUGUCAUCAGUGUGGAAAGAGUUUCACACAUAGCAAAAGUUAUAAUGAGCACAUGAGAAUUCACACUGGAGAGACUCCAUACACAUGCCUUCAGUGUGGAAAGAAUUUCACACAUAAAUCAAGUCUUAAUAUCCACAUGAGAAUUCACACUGGGGAGAAGCCUUAUACAUGUAAUCAGUGUGGAAAGUGUUUCACACACCACAAAAGUCAUAAGGAGCACAUGAGAAUUCACACUGGGGAGAGGCCUUACUCGUGUCAUCAGUGUGGAAAGAGUUUCACACAUUGCAAAAGUUAUAAGGAGCACAUGAGAAUUCACAAUGGGGAGAAGCCUUACUCGUGUCAUCAGUGUGGAAGGAGUUUCACACAUAGCAAAAGUUAUAAGGAGCACAUGAGAAUUCACACUGGAGAGACUCCAUACACAUGCCUUCAGUGUGGAAAGAAUUUCACACAUAAAUCAAGUCUUAAUAUCCACAUGAGAAUUCACACUGGGGAGAAGCCUUACACAUGUAAUCAGUGUGGAAUGAGUUUCACACAUAAAUCAAGUCUUAAUAUCCACAUGAGAAUUCACACUGGGGAAAAGCCUUACUCAUGUCAUCAGUGUGGAAAGUGUUUCACACACCACAAAAGUUAUAAGGAGCACAUGAGAAUUCACACUGGGGAGAGGCCUUACUCGUGUCAUCAGUGUGGAAAGAGUUUCACACAUUGCAAAAGUUACAAUGAGCACAUGAGAAUACACACUGGAGAGACUCCAUACACAUGCCUUCAGUGUGGAAAGAGUUUAAUAGAUAACAAUUCCCUUAAAAAUCACAUGAGAAUUCACACAGGGGAAAGACCUUUCACUUGCCAUCAGUGUGGCAAGAGUUUCAACAACAAAUAUUCCCUUGUGGAUCACUUGAGAAUUCACACUGGAGAAAAGCCUUUCACAUGCCCUCAGUGUGGAAAGAGUUUCACAUAUAAACCAAGUCUGAAUAUUCACUUGAAAACUCACACUGGAGAGAGGCCUUUCAAAUGCCUUCAGUGUGGAAAGAGUUUCACACAUAAAGGAAAUCUGAAAAUCCAUCUAAGAACUCACACUGGAGAGAAGCCUUUCACAUGCCUUCAGUGUGGGAAGAGUUUCGGGAAAAAAGCAACACUACGAGCUCAUAUGAAAUGUCAUUCAAGAGAGAAAUUACACCAUCUAACGACUAAAAGAGUGAAAUUGUGUUAACUGUUAAAUAAUAUUAUUUUGGGCAGUUACUAAUUAAUUAAUAGUAUGCCUAUUUUGAGAGACAUUAUUAUAAGGAUGAGAUGGGACCUUCCUAUACAUAUGAAUGGUAGAAAUCGUAAGUCUAAAUAUGGCAACUGGUAGGAAUGCAUUUAAAAGAGCUGGUUUAAGAACUGCUGAUUUCCUGGAAUUUCACACACAAAGGUCUCUAGAGUUUACUCUAGAGCCAAAACAAAAAACAUCCAGUAAGUGACAGUUUUGUGGAUGGAAACACCUUGUUGAUGAGAGAUGUCAACAGAGAAUGGCCAUACUGUUUUGAGCGGACAGAAAGGCUACGGUAGCUCAGAUAACCACUCUGUACAAUUGUAGUGAGCAGAAUAGCGUCUCAGAAUGCACAACACGUCACACCUUGAGGCGAGUGGGCUUCAACUGUAGAAGACCACGUCAGGUUCCACUUCUGUCAGAAAGCUGUGUGUAUAUAUUCUUUAUGUAUAUUCUGUGUGUAUAGUGUGUAUGUGUGUGUUUAUUGCAUUGUCUAGAUUGCAAUGUGAAUUGUCAGCAGCAGCCAUUCUUUGGAUUGUGUGUGGUUAAGGAGCUACUUUCAGCCUUAAAUUGUUUCACUUAUUACUCUUUUAUGAAAAAUGAGUCCUAAACCUAGUUGCUCCUAAAUUUCUGGGUUAGAAGUUACUUUUAGCCUUAAGAUUUUGUGUGUGAAUACGGGCCCAGAUCAGCAAUUUUAGACAUUUCAGUCUUUCCCUGCUCACACAGAUUGGAACUGUACUUGCAUGCAUUAUUAUGUAUUAAAGGGACUUUGCUGUUUUGUAAAUUGUUUGAUAAAAACACAAAGUUUUGGACAUGUGGUAGUUUAUGGUUGAAAAGGGGAACAUUAAAUGUAUUUUCUUAUGAGGUUUUGUAUACUAUUUGGUGUUGAUUGUAUAUUUUGCUGAAUAUAAUGUAUGAAAUUACCAGUAAUAAAGAUUUUAAUCUUGU